AUGCAUGUGAAGACAAACCUGCUGAACGACAUAUGUGAGAUCCGGCCUGUUGAAGGUGAGAAAUACAGGCUAGCAAAGUACAUUCCUGAUGCUUCAGCUGAUGGUAACAAGGCUGAUAACAAGGACCCAGGGGAUUUGCUUGCGGGACUUGAGGGAUCCUCUGGAUUGCCAAUAUCUGAAGCCCUCAAGCUGCAGAUGGAGGUCCAAAAGCGGCUGCAUGAACAGUUAGAAGGAAAGUACCUCCAGAAGAUCAUUGAAGAGCAGCAGCGCUUAACUGGCGUGAAAUCUGAAACUCCUGCUGCAGGUGCUUCUGUCACAGUAUCAAGUGAUCAAUUCCCUGACUCUGAGCGGACCGAGCCCUCGACUCCUGCGCCGACAUCCAAGUCUCCAACUAAAGUUGUCACUUCCAAUAGGGACACUGGAGAACGGACUGAAGCAACCAAGAGCACCUGUCGUGGUGAUUCACUCUCCCGUCACGAGCCACUGACCCCUGAUUCCAACUGCCAGAAUGGCUCGCCUCCUGCUAGUCCAAACCAUGAGAGGGCAGCAAAGAGGCAACGAGGCAGUGGUAAUGAUUUCUUGGAUGCCGAGGCUGAUUUUUCCCUUCCGCGCAACAUCUUCGAAUCGAGCUCAGGCUCCGAGUUCCAGCCGUAUUCAAUGUCCUACUCAGGCAAUUAG